ACACUCCCAAAGGUGGAACCAAAGUUACCAGCAGUUGUACCACACGGAGGUAUUUCAGCAGGAGCCGGAAGUGAGUUAAAGUUGUGGCAACGCGCGGAAUAGCUGAAGUUCUGAGUUAAUUUAGUAUUUGUGGAAGAUUUGUGAGUUUAUUCAGGUAAACAUGGCGUCUAAACGUAAAUGUGACGCCACGGUUCCUGCGGAGGAAAGUGACCAACUGCUCAUCCGCCCGCUAGGAGCAGGACAGGAGGUGGGACGGUCCUGCAUCAUCCUGGAGUUCAAGGGACCAAAGAUUCUGAUGGACUGCGGGAUCCAUCCUGGUCUGGACGGGAUGGACGCUCUGCCGUACAUCGACCUGAUCGACCCGGCUGAAAUUGACCUGCUGCUCAUCAGCCACUUCCACCUGGAUCACAGUGGAGCUCUGCCCUGGUUCCUGCAGAAGACCAGCUUUAAAGGACGCACCUUCAUGACUCACGCCACCAAGGCCAUCUACCGCUGGCUGCUGUCCGACUACGUCAAAGUCAGUAACAUCUCUGCAGACGACAUGUUGUACACGGAGACGGACCUGGAGGAGAGCAUAGAGAAGAUGGAGACCAUCAACUUCCACAGUGCGGACGGUAACAAGUGGUGAACACAGCGGUGAGGUUCAUUCAGAUUUAUUUAAAUACGCUUUUUCCCACCACAAUUUUGGCGUUGUCGGCU